ACUUUGCAAAGGCAGUAUCAAGUUUCCACAAAGAAAGAUGAAAAGACGGGUAUUCAGGGCGAAAAGGUAGAUUUUCCGGGUGCAAAAGAAAGCUACUUCACCGAUAAAAUGCAAUUCAUUCAAAAUAUCGAUCCUAUACCAACUUAUCGAGUAAUGAAUAGACAAGGGAAAGUAAUGAACCCUUCCCAAGAGCCACAG